CAACUCAUCUCAACAGUAUAAAAAGUCAGCUGCUCUUUGAGCUCUUCACUUUCUCCUCUCCAGCUGAAACAGAAAGACAACCUUCUUUGCCUUCAUCACCACGCAAAAUGAUUGCCUACAGCACCAGAACCUCCGGGUCGUCUGGUGGUGGAGUCUACAGGGGCAGCAGUGCGUCCAUGCACGGUGGAGCUGGAGGCUCUCAAGUCAGAAUCUCCUCUGGUGGCUCCUCCAUGUCCAUGUUCGGCGGUCGAAGUGGUGGAGGUGGCUCUAGCUUCAGCUACGGUGGCGGAGCAGGUGGUGGAGGUGGCUCUGGCUUCAGCUACGGUGGCGGAGCAGGUGGUGGAGGUGGCUUUAGCUUCGGCGGUGGAAGUGGUGGUGACAGCAUGGACGCUGUUCUCAAUGAGAAGGCCACCAUGCAGAACCUGAACGACCGUCUGGCGACCUACCUGGAAAAGGUGCGCAGCCUGGAGAAGGCCAACAGCGAGCUGGAGCUGAAGAUCAGGCAGUUCUUGGAGAGCAAGACCUCCCCCUCCUCCAGGGACUACAGCGCCUACUACGCCACCAUCGCAGAGCUGCAGGGCAAGAUCCAGGAUGCUACCAGAAUUAAUGGUGGCAUCUACCUAUCCAUUGACAACGCCAAGCUGGCUGCCGAUGACUUCAGGCUUAAGUAUGAGAAUGAGCUGGCCAUGCGUCAGUCGGUGGAGGCCGACAUCGCCGGGCUGAGGAGGGUCCUGGACGAGCUAACUCUGAGCCGGACCGACCUGGAGAUGCAGAUCGAGGGGCUGAAGGAGGAGCUGAUCUUCCUCAAGAAGAACCACGAGGAGGAGCUGCUGGCGAUGCGAGGUCAGAUGAGCGGUCAGGUGAACGUGGAGGUGGAUGCGCCUCCAGCAGAGGACCUCAAUAAGGUCAUAGAGGAGGUCAGGGAGUACUACGAAGCCACUGUUGCCAAAAGCCGCAAAGAACUGGAGGCGUGGUUCAAUGCAAAGACAGAAGACCUUCACAAAGAAGUCGCUAUCAGCACAGAAACCCUCCAGUCGUCCAAAUCCGAGAUCACAGAUCUCAAACGAACGCUGCAGAGCCUGGAGAUCGAGCUGCAGUCCCAGCUCAGCAUGAAAGCGUCGUUGGAGGCCACCCUGAAUGAUACUCAGAACCGGUACGCCAUGCAGCUGGCGGGUUACCAGAACCAGGUCACCAUGCUGGAGGAUCAGCUGACGCACCUGAAGGCUGACCUUGAGAGGCAGUCCCAGGAGUACCAGAUGCUGCUGGACAUCAAGACCAGGCUGGAGAUGGAGAUCGCCGAGUACAGGAGGCUGCUGGAUGGAGAGGCCAGCGGCAGCCUGGCCAUUUCCUCCUCCUCCUCCUCCUCCUCCUCCUCCUCCUCCAAUGUGGCCUCCGCUACCUCCUCCACCACUUCCACCACCACCAAACAGAAAAUAAUUACCAUUGUAGAGGAGGUGGUGGAUGGAAAAGUGGUGAGCUCCUCCACAGAGACCGUCAGUCACACCCUCUGAGCACCAGUGGAGGGUACUCUGAAACAAACAUGCAAAUAAAAGCCUGCUGAGGUGCUUCAAAA